GGCGGGUUCUAACGUGUUUCUCGAUUUAACUUUGUAACGUAAUAUUAUUAGAUUACUAUUUUAGUCGACACUGAAAGACUGUUUGAAGGUACAGCUCAACGUCAGCUGCUAAUAUCAAGGAUUUCUCGAGAAUUUCAGGCUCGGUGGAAAUGCAUUUAUUUUACACGACGUUUGUUUUGUGGGUCCUCUCUGCAUGUCACAUGACCACAUCCACCUGUGAUGAGCUCCUGUCUUCAGAAGAUGCUGAGUUCUGCAAGGGGAAAUUAAAGGUGAUUUACCCUGAUCUGGUUGUUGACAAAUGCAUGAUCGUCCCUCAGAGGAUCAGAGAGAAGAUCAGUAAGGAGUGGGGACCACCUCAAAUACAGCUGCCAAGUGCUGAUGAGGAGAAGAAAUACACUCUAUUAAUGGUGGAUCCAGAUGCUCCUAGUCGUCAGAAACCUUCUCGCGCUUACUGGAGACACUGGUUACUGGUUGACAUUAAGAUGGUGAUGGAAGAGGGGAAUGAGGAGCUGAAAUGCCCCUGUAGCUCCGCACUCAGCCCGCCUGACCCGUUCUGUCUCUCAAUUCCCUCCUGCUCAUGGAAUACUACCAAAACACAAUCCCCGAACAGCUUGUUCUGCCUCAAACGGACUUUUCCUCCAGAUCACAACGCUCCUAUGUCUUGCUCUGUCUGAUUUCAGUAUCUCUUUCUCUCGCUCUCUCUUUCUCUGCACAUGAAAGCGGAUGUUUUGUUUGCUCUGCCGACAGAAACAAAAGGCAGAGUCAUUAGCGAUAGAGAGUAGUUUGCUUAUGUAAAUAAACCGCUAGGUGAAAAAUCCUUAUUUACUUUUCACCCUAAUAGUCCACCCACAGAUUGCAGUAUCACAUCACCCAAGAGCUGUUGGCGAAUCAAAUAAUUAUUAAUGGUAAUCUUGCACAGGAGUUUUGCAACAUUAUAAUUAUUAUUUAAAAACACGAAAAUUGAUUUCAAGUUCUCUUCCAUUCCAAAAAAUCAUGUUCUUAAUCAGUAUUUUGUCUUAAUUUCUAGUAAGAAUGUCUAAACAAGCAAUAAUUUAAGAAGGACUUUAAAUAAUAAUAUGAUGAUAAUUUUAAAUGAAAUAUACAUAUAAAAUACAUGUAUUAUUUAUUUGCAGAUGUCACUUGCUUUGAUGUUUUAUAUAAUGCAAAGCCAUCAACACAUUUUCACACAGAAAUCACAUUCAAACCAAGCAGUUUUCUGAUGGUUAACGUGACCAACUUGAACUUCGAAAUCUGUGGGGUAAUCUUUCGCCUUCAUGUGAAAUUCCCAAUUGCAUGGAUUCCUUUUCAAAUGACUGGAUUUGGCCUGUGAAAAUUCACCAUGCAAUGGUAAAUGUGACCUUUACACAGUUCGGACUAUGCACAUACUAAGCACAUACUACGCUGUUUCUUACUAAUCGAUAAUAGUGAAAAUAAAGUGUCCAAAUUGUUUUUGGGGCCAUUGUAUCUGUGUGGUCCUGACUGAAAUGACAUUGUCAGCGUUUUUCCCUUCACAAAGUCCAAACUGACCCUGACACACCCGCAUACGCUCAUCUCUCUGUCUCAAUCACACACACCCUCCCAUUCACUGUUCUCCAUUUAGAGAGCAAGACACGAGUGAAUGUGAGUCUCAGUCACAAUAGAGUGUUUUGACAAUUCAUGCUAAUCGCUAACAGACAGAUAUUCA